GGAAGCAAGCAAAGAACGAAGUUGACGCUGCACGCUUGUGUACAGCAGCAGCCCAACGAGACGCAAGCACCAGCGCUUCAUGUUCCGUGUGCCAGACCGCAUCUUCUUCGUUCGGAGUCGAGCAGGAGGACAAGGAGGAGGAGGAAGAGCUCUUUCCUCUGUUCCAUCGCACCCGAAAGCGAUCGCGUCCUGUCGCCUCUGCUACAAGAAGCCGAAAUCUCGGAACCUUCCGGCUUUGGAAAUUUUCGACCCCUCGACUCAAGCCCCAACCUUCAUCCAUUCGUCCUGACACUCCCCCGCACGGAGGGCGGUCUGUCUGACACGCCCUGAUUUUUGAUAGCGUCGAGGCGAAAGAGAAUUCGAAGAUUGUCGUUCCUUUGCGCUAGGAAAGGAGGAUAGGAAGGCGUAAGGGUGAAGCAGGUUGUAGGGAUUUCAAGAAAGGUUCGUCAGGGUUGUCGCCCCGCGUUAGUAAUGGCCGCCUUGAAAUAUCUGGAGACGCAAAGGGCUGCCCAGCCAGAGCUCGCGGAGUGGUAUGGUUCUUUAGCCGAUCUGUAUGAGCGCAAGCUAUGGCACCAGCUUACUCUGAAGCUCGAACAAUUUGUCGCCUUGGCGAUGUUGCAGGCAGGCGAUACUCUUAUCCAACUGUAUCACAAUUUCAUAUCGGAUUUCGAAACGAAGAUUAAUCUUCUGAAGCUAGCCCAUUUCGCUGUCAUCGUAUCUCGUCAGUACUCUGAGGGCGAUGUCGCAAUCCACUACCUGGAAGAGGUUAUUGAAAAACUUAGGGCCUCACGCGAAAGACGUAUUGAAGAACCUUUGGAUAAGUUUCGAACUUCGAAGGACAGACGAAUCGAAGAAGCUAUUUUGUAUGUUCUGAUGCAAAUCGCAGCCCUGAAAUUGCAACAAGGAGAGCAGAAGCAGUGUAAGACUAUUUUGGAGGAGGGAAAGACGACUUUGGAUAGCAUGACAGAUGUGGAUCCUUCUGUACAUGCCAGCGUGCACUGGGUUUCCUCCCAGUUUCACAAAUCAAGGCAGGAGUUUGCAGACUUCUACAAGAGUGCUUUGCUGUACCUUGCCUACACCUCAGUGGACACUCUAGCCGAGCCCUUUAAGUUGGAUUUGGCUUUUGACCUCUCUCUCGCAGCUCUCUUAGGAGACCACAUCUACAACUUUGGGGAGCUGCUUGCUCAUCCCAUUGUCAAGAGCAUGCUUGGAACUGAUAGCGAGUGGUUAUUCUUCAUAUUGCAAGCUUUUAAUGCCGGGGAUUUGGCCAAGUACCAGGAGUUAUGUCUUAAAUACAAUGCAGCUCUUACUGCACAACCUGCUCUUGUGGAUAAUCAAGCGAAGCUUUGGGAAAAAAUCAACAUCCUUUGCUUGAUGGAACUUAUCUUCAGUCGUCCAUCAGAGGAUAGAACAAUACCUUUGAGCGUCAUAGCUGAAAGGACGAAGCUUUCUCUGGAUGCCGUGGAGCAUUUGCUAAUCAAAAGCUUAUCGGUUCACCUGAUUGAAGGCGUAAUCGACCAAGUGGAGGGUACAGUCAGAGUUUCUUGGGUGCAGCCACGAGUUCUUGGGAUUCCUCAAAUCACGGCCCUGCGAGAUCGCCUCGAUACAUGGCUACAGAAAGUGCACACGACUUUGCUAGCUGUAGAAGCAGAGACUCCUGACCUUGUAGCGGCUUAGGUCAUUUUGAGCUGGAAGCCAGCUACCAGUGAUUAUAUUUCCCACCAAAAGGAUGUCCAUGCGGUCCUUUUUCCAUUGUUGCAGUUUCAACGUACUGUCAAGGAGGGUUGAGAUGUUGGAAACCGACAAGUGGACAGAAUGUAUACCAUCGAGAAGUCAGGUCAACAAUCCUUUCGUUGCAGCUAUUGUAAGACAGACUUGAACUUGUCUCUGGACAGCGUUCUAGGCAAAACCAGUACCAAUGAAUCUUGUACAGUAGAUGCCAAGCAUGACUUGAAGAAGGCUACUGUAGUCUCUCGUCUCACCGGCUGGCCAGAUGCUAAGCCAGAUUUUCUCCAAAUGACGCAAAUUGUAGUGCUGAGGGGCAUGCAGAAAUCUCAACUGCUCACGCUCACCCAUGUAGAGCUGAAGGGAAAGCCGUGUGCAGAUAUGACCGCGAAAGUUACAUUCAUUUGAUUUCAAACUGUGUCCGAAAUUCAAGUACCGAAAUGAGGAAUUUUUCCAUUAUCA